GCUCUUGUAGACGAUGUGGUCAAGAUUGUGGUCAACCACUUGAACCCCAAUCAGCAAGUCACCGUUGGAGCACACCUACAGGAGGACAAAAUUAAAUUCGGUUCUUAUGCACAUUUUAAAGCAGAUGGGAAUGGUUUGGUGGAUCUCAGUCUGCAUCCCUCUAUGGGUGGAUCGUACACAGAUGUGAUGCCAAUGGGCCUAUUCUGCAGCUUGGUUCCAAUGCCUGGGCAGAAGAAGGGUCUCAGGUUGAUAAAGAAAGAUGUCACAACUCCGCUGACUUUCGAGCUUAGCGUUUAUGAUGGGAUUCAUCAUAUAGAUGACAUUGACCAUACAACACCUAUGCUGGCGUUUACUUCCAUUGAAAGGUCGUACCUGGCAAAGGGAGUCAGUGUGCAAGAGAUAAAUCAUGGAAAUAUACGAGGAAGGCUGUUUUUGCCAGAAGGUACUGGACCAUUUCCUGGUGUCAUAGACAUGUUUGGAAAUGUGGGAAACAUUGUGACAUUCAGGUCUGCUCUGCUUGCCUCCAGGGGAUUUGCAACACUUUGCCUUCCAUAUAUACAUUACAAGGAUCUGCCUAAGAAGUUGGACGGCAUUCGCUUAGAAUACUUCGAGGAAGCUGUUGAUGGUCAGUUAGUCAUCCACUGUAUUGAAAACGGACAUAGGAACAAUAGGCGUUUCUCUCGGUGGGAAAUGUGUACUAUAAAGGCCGUGUUUGCAUCAAUGACUUCUAUCCACGGAUCCAUUUCAUACACUAUGGGGAUAAGCCUUUUCCUAAAUAGGAGGAUAUUGAACACCUACGAGCUGAAACACCACCCUGAAGGUGUAUCAUUUCUGGAAUUCACUGAAGACAUCCAUGAUCAUAACCUAAUAGCUCUGGAACGUGCACAGGCAGAGAUCCUAUUUAUUGUAUCUGGGGAUGACAAGUCCGUCAUGUCUGUAAAGGAGACAACUGCUGUCACUGAUAGGAUGAAGCGGCAUGGCAAGCAUAACUACGAGAUGUGCGUGUAUCCCGGAGCUGGACAUCUGGUCGAGCCUCCAUACUCUCCUCUGUGCACAGCCUCUUAUCAUGCGACCAUGGGCUUACAAAUGGCAUGGGGAGGGGAACUGAAAGCACACAGUUUUGCACAGGAAAACAGCUGGAGGAAAAUUCAACAGUUCCUCAGGAAGAAUCUGCAGCAGGAUGGGGUACAAAUUUCCAGCAUGCUGUAGCAGCUUGAACUAUGAAUGAAUAUCCUUCAUUCAUAACACAUUCAGUGCCAUAUUCUACCUUAAUCUAAGUGCAUUGCUCAAGGAAGCUGGAGUAGUCGAUAGCAGGCUAGUUCUUGACUUCAUAGAGAUUGAUUUAGAGUUUAAUGCGUCACCCACAGGGAAAGCCUACAAUGUUUUAAUCACCUUUUGUGGGUGCACGUUAUUUUUUGAGUUAAGUGAACCACCUAUAGGAAAAGGCUACAGUGGUUUUAUUCGCAUUUUGUAUAAGUGUAUGUUAGUAUUUAGUUUAAUGUACCACCUUUAGGGAAAGGCUAAAAUGUUUUUAUUCAUCUUUUUAGGUUUUAUUGAUUGUCAAAUGUUGUGAUAUAAUGGGAUUAUCUUUAAUAUGAUGAAUUUUAUGUAUCUGCUAAAAGCUGUAUUCCACAAAGUUGUGAGGGCUAACACAAUUCACCAUAAAAACUCAAAGGUUUUGAAACUAUAUAGCUAAAAACCAUUAUUUACAUAGUCCCACCAUCAAAAAUAUAAAGAAAACGAAUGUCUACAUAUUGCUUUGAAAUAUUACAAAUAAUGUUUAGGAGACAUUAACAUCUACUGUUAAUAUUAACCUUUAAUACUGUUACCAAAGAUCAUGAAAGAUCGUUCAUGAUUUUUGCUGUUACGAACUGUUAGAUAAUUUACUUACUGUUGGAUUUAAAAUGUCUUUAAAAAAAUAUAUGGUUAAGUAGAUUAACUCUAAUAAAGCCCAUUAGAAAAGUAACAUUAAUUUAUUAGUUGAUUUGCUUUAUGUGUCAAUAUAUAGAGUUGUGUGACAACAAACGUUUUGUAA